UCCACCCACCCAUCGCAACUUACCAUUGUGCAUACCUACCUGCCUUAUUUCCCUCUAUGUUUCGUCUAUAAUCAAUUCUAUUCUAUUUUAAUCCUCCCUGAACAGGGUAGUCGCCAUGCCGCGCACCUCUACCCGACAGGCAGCUGCCGCCCUUGCCCGCGGACAGACUGGCAUUCAGGGCUUUGCAAGAGCGACCAAGCCUGGGGUUUCUACUCGCCAAUCUGCCAAAGAGCUGUCGGCGUCGCCUUCCAAGAAACGGAAACUCAAUGAGCUGGAAAAUGUUGACGGGGGGAGUCCGACCACGACGGCCCGCGGAAAGGGGGAAGGCACCACCACCACCACUACCACCGCCACCAUCGACGCUAUCGCCGCCGCGCCCGCCCAGGCCGAGACCCCGUCCAAAUCGCUGCGUUUCAGUGAGCUACACCUGUCGACCCCCCGGAGCGGCCACUAUGCCUCUCCCACGCGGUCUGCGUCCGGCAGUGUCCGAGGGCCCGACCGACCCGCGACUCCGAAUACCCCUUCGAAACGGGCCAGGGCUCGUUCUGCGCAGGAACCGACUUGUGAGAUCCUCGACACGCGGCCGCCGGUGGUGCAUGAUCUGUUGAGGUUGCAUGCGGCGUUCCUUAAGGCGAUGACGUUCCACGCGGCGCACCAUGGCCCCUCGACGCCUGCGGACGUGAGAGAAGUUAUGCCCAGUGUUGAACGAUUGUGGAAAAAGCGCAAGGUGACGGUAAAGGAUGUGCAGCGGUUGCUCUGGGUUAGCGAGCAGGGAGCGGCGGACUUCUCGGGCCCUGGCUAUCGGCUGGCGAAUUAUGGGCUGGGACGGGUCUGUCUGGAGCGAGUGAACCGCCCCGGGCAGAAGAAUACGUUGGAUGAAGCCGAGAGGCAGGAGCAGUUCGAGCAGGCGGUGGAUCUGCUCUGGGAGAAGGCCUUGGACGCAGCAGAGGGCGACGAGAGCCGGGUGGAUUUUAUCGCGACGCUGGGCGUUGCGACCGUCCACGAGUCGCUGACUCCGUUCACGGCUUUUCGCAAGGGACAGCAACGACUGCAGGAUUUGAAGGGCGGGGUGAUCCGGUUGAAGACCGAGAAGCAGCGGGAGCCUUUGCAGACGGAUGCCCCGACUGACAAGUCGAUGGGGGCCACGACCAACCGCCGCAUGGGGCUUUUGGAUCGCAUCAAAAGCAAGCAGAUGCGGCAGUCUCAGCUGCCGCCGCCGCCCACGAAGGAGGCUCUCCUCCGUCAGGCCGCGGCGCAGCGCGUGGAGGAGGUUGCUUCCGUGGUGGCGUCGAUGCGGCCCGUUGGGUACGUCGGUUCCGGGCCGACAGCCAUGGCGGCCGCCCAGCGCGCCCCGCAUCGGAUGAAAAACAUCAUCCAGAGCGUCCAGCACUCGACGCGGAAUCCCAUCGCGGACCGCGAGGUCGAGAUUUGCCUGGAGAUCAUGGCUCGGGCGGACGUCGCUGGUCAUUGGGUGAAUCUCGUCGCCGUCAACCAGGUCAAGACCGUCGUCCUCAAGUCAUGUUCCGACGUCCAUCCGAAGGAAAUCGGGGCCAGGGCGUGUCAAUUGAAUCUGGCGGAGGAAGAUGCAUCUACACUGGAGUCUCGGGUAUAAUGCAUGGUUGGAUAGCGUUUUUCUUUCUUUUUGUUUUAUUUCCUUUUGGAUGAUACCUCAUGUGCGGCGUUAUGAUGACAUCUUUUACCUGUACCGAGUAGCAUGAGCAUGUCUUUUUC